CUCAAAAAUCAUUUCUAUUAUAACUUUUCCCAAAAUUGGUAUCAAAACUCGAUAACUUCCGGCAUUUGACCAGCGGCAAUGAGUGAGCCGCUCUCGGGUCCCUGGCUGCGUUUCGCCUACAAUGGCGUCCUUCUCUAUACAGCCGUUACUUCUGCCUGUAAAAUGCAGCCAGAGGAGCACCCCUUCGCCCUGGCAGCCUGCGUGGUGGGUGGAAUCGCGGCCGUGUUUGGUAUCCUCCGGGUAGUCUUUGCCAGCGGUCAGCCAGAGGAGUGUCGCAAGCUGAGGGACAUAACGCACGGAGUACUGGAACUGGUGCCGUUGCCGCUGACCAACAUGGAUUUCUAUAUGCAGUCCACCGGAUUGAGUGCUGUCACCUUGGGCCAUGCCGUUUUUAUACUGCCGCUGGUCUGUGAUAUGAGGUGCUGUUUGGCCAAAAAUCGCAUUGAUUGCGAAAUAUCUGAUGGUCUGAAGGAUCUCACCAUUCUGGGUAACUUAGUGUCUCUCGGAUUUUUGGCCUUUGUGGAGAGGAAUUUUCUUUAUCUGCGAAUGAUGCUGGUCAUGGCUGUGGUCAGGUACGGGGUGGUCUUGGUGGACAGCAUCAAGGAGAAUGCCGGUGAGGAUUUACAAGUCUGCGGAACAGCCUUGUUCUUGUACCAGUUGGGCAAGACUGUUAGCUCGGCCACCGAGUAAUAUUGAAAGGGAUAUCACCUUUGCAUUUAACCCCUGACCACAGCUGGUCGCUUCAAGGGUUUCGCCUCCCUUGUUCCGCUAAAUUUUCCGUGAAUCGAGUUUUGAACCUGUAUUAAAUUUCACUUCACCUGCCCUUCAA